AUGGCGGCGCAGAACUCCAGUCAGUAUCCCUACGAGGCGUGCCUGAUUGAUGGCCUUUCAAGUGAUGUUCAACACCAGACACUUAACAUCGGCAACUACAUUUUCCGUCCCCUGAAUUUUAUUCUGGCUUUUUUGGCAUUUGUCUUUAAUACGCUUGUUAUCAUAGCUGUGGCACGAACCAAAUCCCUUCAAUAUCCCGCGAUGGUUAUGAUGUGCAGUUUGGCAGUAACUGACAUAAUAUUCCCACUGUAUUCUUUGUACAGAUACAUAGAAACAUUCACACACGAACACAUGUGUCCAGCAGCAUCGUAUGAGAACCCAUUGUAUUUUGCCAUCAGUGGUCUUUGUACCUUGGCAACGCUUGGUAACCUGGCUGCUAUCAGUAGAGAUCGCUAUUUGGCAGUCCGAAGACCUGUGUGGUAUCGUAAUCACAUGAAAAUAUCACGUUCUUUUAAGACAGUAUGCUUACCUUGGCUUAUCAGUGUAGUAUAUGCAGUUUUAACGUAUUUUUCAAAACGUUUGAGCAGAGUUUACACACCUAUGGCAGCAGUUUUCCUUCUAGUUCUUUUUCCUUUUUAUUUAUCUGUCAUCACGUUCUGUUAUCUUAGUAUUUAUUGUGGAAAAAAUAUUCAAGUGGGAAAUCUAAACGAAGCCCUUCUAAAAAGGGAAAAACGACUAGCUAACACAGUUGCGUGGAUCCUUUUGAUUCUGGUAUUGACCUACUUUCCUGGUCUUCUUUUUGGAGGUGUUUUGGUUGCAAAAGGAGUAAAUAAUUUGCCCUUUCGGCCCUUUUACGUCAUUUUUAUUCAAUUGAAUGGAGUUUUGAAUCCUUUGUUAAACUUCAGUCGCAUUAGAAAGAUGCGCAAAGCAAUAAGAGACUUGUUUAGAAGCCAUCAGCAAUUACAGUCAUCAUCACUUGCCAACAAU